AUGUCAACGGGAGGAUCAGUUCUACCGCGUCCAUCAUCGGAAGCAGCACACCAUAUUCAUCACAAAAUCGCCUGGAAAGCUAUUAACAUCGAUGCAAAACAUGUAAUUUUUCGGUGCGACGGCGUCUGUAAAGAUGACCCAAAGUAUAAUGCACAUACCUUGGGUGAUCCGAGAAAUCCACUAACAAGAUUUCGUAGUGUGGAAUCGAUUGACCUUUCAUUGCCUUCUUUUAUUUUGGACAAUAAUUCGGUUGGACCACAACCAAAACGUGAAGUUUCUAUAUUUGGUUUAAAUGAUAACAUAAACCAUGCAUUUCUGACUGAUAUGUGCCAGAAGACAGGUCAAGUUAUUGAAGUGUUCGUAUAUAUGCAUCCUCGAACAAAAAAACAUUUGGGUAUGGCAUACGUCGUCUUCCAGGAAGGCGGCAAAGCAAAAUCAUUUGUUGCAAAAAAUAACGGUACUUCAGUUAUGGGACAAACAAUUACAUGUAUUAUUGAUCCAUAUGCGAAAGAAAUUAGUCGACGGUAUGAGGAGCAAGCAGUGGAAGCAGCACCAAUACCCCAUUACUUAUCACGCCUGGAUCAUAACAGACUAACUGAGUUUCGAGUGGUCAGCUCUGCAAGUACAUCUGAAUAUAAAAGAAUUCCCACAAGUUCAUCGCCUUCUACCAGUGCUCAACAGUCCAGUGAUAUCAAAGCAUCAGAACUAGUCCAGAAAAAACCUGACGAAUUUGAAGCUGCGUUUUUUCAUGAUGAUGAUCGACAGAUACAUCAGCAGUCGGUUGAAUCUGCGUUGACGAGAAUAACACACAUCGAAAAUAUAGUACCGGCUAAUGAACGUUCGACAGUCCCGUCAAUAACUGGACAUUUUGCACAAUUGACAAGAUCUCCUUCCAUUUCAAGUUCCUCUUGUUCACCGUUAACAACAGUGCAAGCUUUACAUCAGACAUUCUGUUCCCAUCAUUUUAUGUUUCGUCAGCAGACCCAGGCACCAUUUACGUAUUACCAUUCGAUACCACCCAAUCCCGUAUCCCCUGUUUCGAAUUUUCCAUCAAUUUCACCUUCCGCCAACGUUUUUUCACCAUUGCCACCUCUUCCACCAAUAGCCGGGCGAAUUCCGUUUCCUGCAUGGUCUAAUGUACCACCACCGCCGCUGAGAACUCCAGCAGCUGAUACUUGGCCGAUGACAAAAACAAUUAUAUCGACGCCAGUACAACUUCAGGUUUCUUCUAUGAGAAAUCCGGCACCACCAACGAAUUUUGCAUCAACUGCAUAUCAGGCUGUACCAAGUACUUCAUCUUGCGAGGAAGUUGCACCAAUGGAUCCAGCACCCUCAAAAAGGGGAAAACGAAGUGUUCCAGCGAGUGGUAAAAUAAAAGUAAGGAAAAGAAGGCGGCUCCGUGAGUCGAUUUCGGUUUCUUCUGUCUCUGGAAAUAGUAGUUCAAAGAGUGACGAUAGUGAAUUAAGCGAGGAAAGCUUUCAAGAUAGCUGCAAUACUGUUAAAAGAAAACAUCGACAUCGGAAAAAGGGAAUUGUAGAAGAACGCAAAUAUUAUAAGAGGAAAGGAGCGGGUGGAACUAGUGAUUACUACAAGGAAAUUAUAAUUCGGAAGAACGAUAAUAAAAGAAAAUGUUCACAUGAAACUAAGUCAAAUAUACUUCAAUCACCAGAGCUUGUAGAAGAAGUGGAAAGUUAUCAACGCAUACGAAAAUAUAAAAAACGACAAGAAACUGCUGAGCGGGAUGAGCAUUUCGUGGAGCCGGAUGUUGAUUUACCAGAUCUGGAAAGUGUGAGCAGUGAUGAAGAUCAACUUAGUACGGAACAACAAGAGCUAAAAGUACAGUCAGCACAGUUCCAACCAAAUAAAAGUAAAAAUCAUAGGGAGAUCACGAAGCAUAUUCACCAACAACAAUCCAAACAUGUGGAUUGGCGGAAGAAGCGAGUGAUGGAAAAAAGACGUAGGCAGCGUGACCAUAGAAGUUGUGGAGGUCGAGAAAGUUCUAGCUUAAGUGGAGAUGAAAAAGGCCACAGGUGGUCUUCAUCCUCCUCAACUACCGAAUCAGAAACAGAAUCUGAUGAAUUGAACUCUUUCAGAAAUUGUAAAUGGACAUGUAGGCCUCCUUCAAACCUUCACUCAUCAAAAAGUUCACGGAUGGUAAAUCUCUUGGAUAUGUUUGAAGCGGUAACUUCAAGUAGCGAACAAUCGCAUGGCGAAGAAACUGGAACAAGUGGUGUAGCACCUCAGCCAAAAUCAUCGCAUGUGAAAAAUAGUUUAAUAAAGAAUGAGUCGACUCAGUCACUACCAACUCCUAGUUUCAUAACUUCACCCGAGAAGCUUUCGAGUGAUUCUCCACUUCCAUGCGUUAUGCAAUGUACUCCUCCAACAGAAAGCUCACGAUCAUCAUUCGAAAGACGGCUCGAAAAUCUAUUUCGAUCCAGCUCAGUGCAACCUCCGAUAACCUUCGAUACGCCUUUUUUGCCGUCAAGUACUGCACGUAAUGCUGUGGAGCCGAAGGGAAUGCCUCUGUCUGAAGCUUUUCUUAUCGAGCAUAGUAGUGGGACGGUUACUGUUGUCAAACAACCAUCUGAUUUGAAUUCCGCGUAA